AUGGGGGAUACAGAGGAGCUGGCGACGGAAUACACCCGGGUAAACAACACCCAGUACCGUGCAGGGUUGUUUCUCCUCGAAAGGCUCGAUAUUGGUCCAGGCUUGAGAGUUCUCGAUGUCGGGUGCGGACCUGGAAAUAUCGCCGCCCACAUGGCAGAAGUCGUUGGAGAAAAAGGCAGCGUCGUGGGUGUUGAUCCCAGCAAGGAACGCAUCAGGAUUGCCCAGACGAUUCAGAAGCCAAACCUGUCCUUUUGCGAGGGCAAAGCCGAAGACCUCUCACAGUUUCCCACGGGGCACUUUGAUCUCAUCUACGUCAACUCGACCCUGCAUUGGGUGCAGGACCAAUCCGCGGCAUUCAGGGAGUUCGCACGCCUGCUCAAGUCGGGAGGGAAACUGGGCAUUUCAGGAGGCUCAGGCGAUACCCCCAGCGCACAGGAGAGGAUCAAGGACCAUGUGCUUUCCAGGGAGCCAUACCGCAACUAUCCAGAGAAGGGCGCACCCAAGUUUCUCAAGCGGCGCGAGAUGGAGCGUCUCCUGGACGAUAAUGGGUUCCAGGAGAGAAGCAUCGUGGUCAACAAAAUCACAAAGUCGGCCAAGGAUGCCGACGCCAUGAUUGACUGGCUGGAUGCAAGCUCAUCCGGACAGACGUACGGCAGCAUCCCUCUGGAACUCCGGCCAAGGGCAAGGGAGGAAAUGAAGACGGAAUGGAACAAACUUGUUGUGGAGGAUGGUAUUCAUAUGGACAUAGAUCUCCUGGUGACUGUGGCUGUGAAGGCAUACGCCCGUUGA